AGGCUUGUUGAUCGACGAAAAAAAUGUCAUAUUAUGUUUCUAUUUUUACAACAAUAAUAUACUCGGAUAUUCUUUAAACGCUACUUAAUAUAGUAUAACAAGGCUAACAGAGCCAGUGCUCCUUAUGCUUUCGUAGAAUUACGCAUACUUUGUUCCAAUUGAUUUUCGGGACUUCAAAUUUCAUUAAAUUGAGUAGCAGCGAGGUUAUAUCGUGCUGUCGAGCCUGUUGUUACUGAUCUCACGACAUUUUAAUAUGGCUCCUUUCAGUGGUUAGCAGUGUUACCUGUUAGAGUAUUGAAUUCGGCUAGAUCAACAAUGGAGUGGCGAAAUAGAAAAGCAACUAAACGAAAACAUACGAAAAUGAGGAGUAGCAGCAAUAAAUAAUUACUUUAUUUAUUGAUCGUUGAAGGAGUUUAAAUAUUUUGUGACUGAAGCCUUAUCGUCUUCGCGCCACCAAUUCGAUAUAGGACUCUUCGUGGAAACGCAGUUAUGUUUUGGCCUAUGAGGUUGUUAAUUUAAAGAAAAAGCAAAAUGCCGGGUCGAGUGAGCGUUCGAGUGCUGGCUGCGCGUAAUCUACCGGUGAUGGAUCGAGCCAGUGAGGCUUGUGAUGCGUUUACCGAGGUUCGACUGGCGCAAAUAUGCUAUAAGACGGAGAUAUACCGAAAAUCUUUAAAUCCGCAAUGGAAUUCGGAGUGGUUCCGUUUUGAGAUGGAUGAUGAAGCUCUUCAGGAUGAGCGAUUGCAACUACGUGUAAUGGACUAUGACACGUAUUCAGCAAACGACGCGAUUGGAAAGGUCUACAUUGAUUUAAAUCCUCUGUUGCGUGAAACGUGCAGCGGUCUUCAGGGCUGGCUUCCCAUAUACGAUACGUUGCAUGGAAUUCGGGGAGAAAUUAACAUCACAGUCAAGGUAGACCUAUUUUGUGAUGCCAAUAAAUACCGCGUGUCCUCAGUUGGCAUGCAACUUUUCUACUCAAAUCGGGUUCCAGACGGCUACAACCUCGUUUCUGCCCUCGGCUUCACCGAGGAACUAAUUGCGGGUGAUGACCCUGAAUUCCACUGGAUGGAUCGAAUUAGGACACCUAGAGCUUCUAAUGAAGCAAGACAGGCUCUUUUUGCAAGAUUCGCGGGUCAACUGCAACGCCGUGUUGGCCUGAAAGCACUGGAGCUGGGUGGCAAUGCCGUUCUAGGCUAUCAGCAGUACUUUGAUCUCGAGGGCGACACCGGUAUCGUUGUUCGAGGCAUUGGAAGCGUGGUCAAACUGAUGAAGAGCGAAGAAGACACGGAUGAUGCCGCAGCACCUCUUGGGGUACCGCAACCCGCAGGGGCGGGCACUACAGGUGGGGUAACAAUGGUUGAGGACAUGGCUGAAUACCCAUUCAUAACGAUACGUCACCUUCCGCCCGGCUUGAUUGAUAGCGUCGGAGGAGUGGUAUCAGCUCGUUCUGUAAAACUGCUCGACAACUCUCUUGAAUCUGAAGCUGAAACACGCGAUUCUUGGUGGACGGAACUCCGAAAAGAGAUCCGCUCGCACGCGAAAUCGCUUGCAUGCAAUAUUGUCGUAGGAUAUCAAGAAACGACGACAAUUUGUGAAGAUGUGCUUUUGUUGUCUGCUAGCGGGACAGCGGCGCUUUUGGCUUCGGCUGGUCCAGGUACCACAAUAGGACGAACGAACAUAUCGUCCACGAACUGUGGCCUCUGUCACGCCCCAUAUAGAGCGUCUGUGGUCCCAUUUAGAACUCAGCUAAGCAACUGUGGAAACUGCCAGGAUGGUAAGGUACCCGAUGUUUUGUUUGCAACAAUUGAGCCGUCACCGGGGAUGGGCCCAAUCUCGGGCUCUGUUCUCAUUCAGGCGCGUGUGUGUGAAGCAAAAAAGGAUCUCAGGGGCGAGGCCAGCGCAAGAGAAAUCAGUGAUAAUCUACCAUUUCUCGAGUAUGAGCUUCACAAACAACUAUUAGCUAAGAUGAAGAAAACAGGUCUGAAUGCUGUGUUAGGCCUAAAUGUCCAGGUUGCCAUUGGAGAGCACUUCGUUACUGGAGUUGCAACUGGCACAGCAUGCGUUUUAGCUGCGUUACCACGACCCAGCAGCAAUUCUCAGCAAGCGGGUCAGAGCGGUCUUUCUGGGUCAUUGUCCGAGAGCGAAGAUGAUGAUAUGCUCUCAUCUUCAUUUAAACAGCGUUUGUGCAUCAUGAACCGCGAGUCUAAUGGGAAAGGGGACGAUACGGCGGCGAACGCCGAAGUAUGUAUCACCCGGCCACCCCCACCAGGAUUUACGCUUAGUUCGACAGAAACGUGCCUUGGACCUUCAGGACCCGAAGGACAGGACGACGUCGGUGAUGGAGAUAGCGUCCCACAUACACAGCUGGUUAUGCAGACGUUUCGGGUUCGUCUCCAUCAGCUUUUUCCUUCUGGAGGCUCUUUGGGUGCGAGCACGCCCCCACCUCAAUUGCCACUUGUUCAUCAGGAACUGAGCCGCUUGCUGGACCGUGGGGUGCAGUCGUUAUUCGUGAGACUCCGGAAGUUCCGCCCGUGUCGCGUAUUGGGAUUGCACUUUCGAGUAGCAUUCCCUCAGGCGGAUGAGAUGCAGGCUACGAUGAUGGGUACGGUAAUGUACGGCGGCAGGGUAUCAGGCGGCACAUUAACGAAUUGUACCAAGGCUGGCAAUUUGUGUCGUGUCCAGACACGCGCUAAUGGUGUCGAAAUCUCAACUCUGUCGUCAGUUCCUGGUCGGGCUGUGUCGGAAUUUUUGGGCAACGUGAAUUUCUUCCUGAUACGCGAGACCAGCAAUCUGACGCACAUGUCCAACCUGAACUCGUUUGCGGCCACUUUCCUCCAGGAAGUGCUGGCCAUAGCUCGUUGUCAUGUGGCAGCAUUGGGAGGCGAUGCUCUGUUGUCCUUCCGAAUGGAUCAUCAACUUCUAUUGCAUGGAGCGCACAAGCACCAGGGUCAAUGUCUUGUCAGCGUACAAGGUGAUGCCGUUCUUUUGGAGAAACUUGCAAACACUACAAAUGGUAGUGCCCAUUCAGCCGACCUCGUAAAUCCUUCGAAUUUCGAGUAUGACGACAGGAUUUGUCGAAGCGGUCGCCAGCCUUCCAUGUUCGAUUAUACAUGCAUAGCGUGCAAGAGAUUAACCCGUCGACAAAAUUCCUUCAAGAUUUCCUGAGUUACUGCUGUGUCAUCCCUUCAGAAAAUGCAUUAUAGUAUAGCCUAAAACCUCUCACACAUUCAGAAAUAGCGUAGCUGGAACCCGUUUGUAAUAUUUAUAAACUUGGCUGAAGUUCUCAUGAUGCUCCUUCCGUGCACAAAAGGUAUUAUGCUUGUUUAUUGAGAGACAGUGCUUUAUAAUAUAUGUAUCUUAAUACUCGGAAGUAAUUAUAAUGAAUCAAAAUAGGCAAAAGCCAAUUUUUAUUCGAACAAAACAACAAACUCAUUCUGGCGAAAAAUAGCCUGUCGUUUUGGAGAGUUGAGCAAGGAUCAGCUACUGGACAAUCUUUCCGCACCGGGCCAAUAAAAUGAUAACUCUUGCAAUAUGGCCCAAAAGAGAUGAUCCACGUUUUGUUUUAAUACAGCUUCUGAGAGAUCCUAAGAAGAUUUUCAUAAGGCAGACAGGAAGAUCUUGUAUAGGUCUCAGAUCUAAAAUGCUUGCAAAAUAACUCAAAAAGCUACUAUUCUUACUACGGAGCUAGGUUUCUAAUACAGAAGUUACCAUUUUAAAGAGAAAAAUAUGAACUACUAUUCGGAUCGUCCAGAUAAACUCCAACGGUUAGGUUUUGUGUUUUUUAAAUUUUUCGACCGUUAUCAAGCCCGCGCAUUUGUAAUCCUUGACAUGCUAUUAGUCCAAAAUGUAAUUUCUAAAUUAGCGUUUUUUUGCAUAGAGCGACACUUCAGUGAGUUGGCACCUAACGCAGCGUUACUAUUAAGUUAAUUAUGGAUUAUUAAUUAAAUCAACUGGCUACCUAAACCACCUACAACUUGAAAAUGUAAUCUUGAUGAGUAUCGUUUAUCCACAAUAAUCGUGACACCCCUAACACGUGUAGGCAGAUGUUAUGUUGAAACACCUGACUCAUAAACACAACAUAAGUAAAGGUGCCACAGUACCUCAGUGGCACUUGUUGAUCGGCCUAGAAAGGUGGGGCAACGGUAAUGGAAAACAACAUCCUGGAUUGAGAUUUGCCUCCGGGUAGUUAUAAUAACUCAACGAAUGUCAAGCAAGGCUCAAUCUCAGCAUCUUAAGAAACAACACUAGUUUAAGGUGGAUCAUCAGAUAUUUUCUAUUAUUUAAUAAUAGAUUUAAUCGUCAUAGUCGAUAUAGGCUCAAUUUAAAGAUAUCCUUAGUUGAUUCUUGCAUGCAAAAUUCUAAUGGCGAGAAUGUCUUCACAUCAAAAAACCUAGAGCUUGUUGCUAAAAGGAUAAAUCGAUUGCACGUAUUUGCUGCAAAACUUGGCUGUACAAUUUUACAAAUGAAAUUUUUGCAGAUUUCAGGAAUAGAACCAUCCAGGAAUUGCUAGUGUACUCUUCAAAUGUACUUUUUUUUCUAACGACGGCUAGAAUAUAGUUGUUAAAUGUGCACAUUUAGGGUCCCCGUGGUAAUAUAUAACUAGGACGUUCUUGAAAGCAUGUAAGUCGUUCUGGGUUGGAAGCCGGGCAUAAAUACGCUUUGUUUUGAGCGGGUCGCCAGUCGCUUAAAACUAUGCCUUAUUAUGGUAAAACCGGGUGUAAAAUUCUAAACCCUUGUUAAUCAUGUACAUUUUUGAAUAACCCCUAGAAAUUGUGAGAAUAUCCUAUAACUGCACUUAAAAGCCAAAACAGAUGCAUGCUCUCUAACGAGUAAUAUUAAGAAUCUCAUAAGUGGCUUAAAUUAGUAGUAAAAUGAAAAUUGUGUUUGAGAUUCGACGUGUAAUAGUGCUUCACAUGCGAAGUUCUCAUGAGCUACUUGACUUCACGCGCAAUUAUAUAGUUUUCUUUCUGACGGCGAAAAACGAGUCUACAAGAAUAGGUGCAUAUCGUCCCACGGUUUUUUUGACUCUUACACCACCAUAGGGAAUUAAAAUGGGUGCGCCUGUUGUUUCUAAAACGGAACCAUGAAUGGAUGUGUGCGUAUUGAUCUAUGAUUUGAUUCCUUUUAGGUUUUAAUUUCAGUUUUCUAAUAUGGCAAACUGGAUUGUAAUAAACGUGGGGCAUCGAUAGUUAUAUCGUACCCCUUUGUAGCUAACAGCUUUCAGAUUCGACGAUUGCUGAGGACUGAGACAACGAAUACCAGCGUCUGCAGUAACGUCGUAGAUAUAUAUAUACCCUUGAUGUUUUAAGCCAGAUUGGCCACUUCAAGUAACAACAUCUUCUCGUCACGUUCAUCUUGGGCCCGCUGGUGUAUGGUAGAAGCACGACGUUGGGAGCAUAUCCGAAGAUAUUGGAGAAAUCUAAAUACAUACUAAUCUUUUAAGGCCCUUAUUACGAAUAACUACGUUUUGCCCUUCUAUGCACCGUCUCAUGUCUAUAUGCCGUACUAAUACUGAGCGAUCAAUGGUAUUGUCCUUUCACUAAUGAUCGAAAAAUUUUUGUUGGACAUACGUAGAUUUUAAAAACUAGGAUACCAAUAGUACAAGUCUCAUUGAUGUCGUUAAGCACAAUCGACAUGCGUGCGCUUAAGUACUGUUAAGGUACGUGCAUGGCACGAUCAUGGUUCGGUCUUCGUUCUUAAAAGCGAUCCUGUAAUAGCCAAAUUGCUAUUCUAAUUUCGCACUUGGGUCAUUACAAUCAUUAAUAAUUUUCCAAAAUAAACCGAAUCAAAGAUUCAUUAUGUACAAACAAAUAUAGAACACGCAAGCAAUAAUCGAUACGAGGCAAUAUAGUGCUUACUCAAAUGGAGUCCGAAAUUAACUCGAGCUGAGGACAUCAGCUCGAGAAAAACGAGUCCUAAUGAGGACGGACCUCCGUAGCCGCGCGCUACAGGUUGAGCCCGAAGUCUGUCUCUCCGGUACAUAUAUGUCAUCAGUGAACCCAAAUACCUUUCGUACACUACCGUACUGCUAUAGAUAUAAACAGAAAUAUACGUAUGGAAUGAAAUGUACCUGCAGUGUAUAUGUUUGAUCAUGUUCACGUUCGCAUACAGGAAGCAUGGACCUUGCUAUCUGUUGGCAGUAUACAUACAUGCAUGCAUACCGAAAAUAAUCCAACGUAUUUUGUCUACAUAUCGUUUUUUGUACAGGGCACUCGCAUAUACUGGCACGAACCAGUACGUUGCGUUCACAUGCCGUGCAAUAAACAGCGUAAACAACAAAGCUCAUUUGAAAUAAACGGUAGCGCAGUGCGUUUUUCAUUCUUUAUUAAGAAGUAGUACAUUCUACAACAGAAAGGUAGGACAAAGGAUGAGCAACGAGUGAACAAACUCGACAGACUCACAGAAUUACGCUUUGCCAGGCAGUACGUAAUAUAUAGCGAUGUGUGAUUUAGGCCUUUUGAAAAAGUCUAAGGUAGUCUUCAGGAUGUUCGAGUCAUGUAUCUUAGGCGAUCGUUCGUAGAGGCACAGAGGAAUAAAGUAGGCGCAAUUGUAUG